AUGCCUCAAGAUGCCUACAAGAGAAAGGAACUGACGAGCGGACACAUGUUCCUGAGCAAAGGCCGAUGGGAGCAAUUACUGCUCACGCAGGGUACCAUCAUCAACCUGGCUGAUGUUGGCUUCAGCCCAAUCCAUGUCCACUGGCUCAUGUUCGGCAUCCAGGCGUGCGAGGACCUCAUCAUCACCUUCGCGGAGGUUCUGGACAACUCGAAGGGGUAUGUGAUGGUCUACCUUGGUUACCAGGGGAACAAUUACACCCUCCUCAUCCCGUCAACCCACUGUGAUGAAACUGGCAAGUGUUCUCCCACCGACUACAUAGAAGGUCACCUCCUGGACUGUGCCAAUCCGAAGUAUUUCUGGAUGAAGUGGGACAACCAUGGCAUUUUGGAACUAGGAACUGGAUACAUUAUCGGAGAAGGCAUGUUCCUACAUACCAACUACAGUGGAGAAUUUCAUCUCAAUUCCGUGACGUUCAGAGUGAAUCAUGCCCAAGGCGGUGUCGCCCUUGUCAACAUAGACUCUCGUCCCAAGUUCAUUUCCCCCUCUGCUGACGGCACCCACAACCUCAUAGUGGACGAGACAGCCGACACCGGGGUGGAGAUCUUCACAGUAGAAGCGAAGGACCCAGAGAAUGACAACGUCACAUACAGCGUUGUCGGAGAUUACACCGACAUGUUCAACAUUACUGGCAACACACUGUACAACAUCAGACCUCUGGAUUAUGAGACCCGGUGUUCGUUCGAUGUUACGAUCAGCGCUUCUGACCGUAUCGGCACCACCAAUACAACCCUGACAAUUAGAAUCGGGGAUGUUAUCGAUGAGAGGCCGGAAGUGAUCAUUACCCCUGUGGCGAUACCCGAGGAACUGGCCAUUGGGACGGCGGUGGACGGAGGCUUCCUGGUCCGUGACCAAGACAAGAAUGACACGGAACACUUUUACAUAACAGGUAACGGCAAGAACAUUGUCACAGGUUACGGCAUUUGCUGCAUAACAGGCAACGGCAAGAACCGUGUCACAAGUUACGGUAGUUACUGUACAACAUAUAUUGACACGAACCGUGUGGCUGGUAUUGACAAGAACCGCUUCAAAGGUUACGGGCCUCAGUCGGACUAUUUCACUGUUUUGGAAGAUUGGAAAUUUGAGAUCAUGAAACGUAUUGACUAUGAGAACGGCUCCAAGUUUAUGGACAUGUUGAUACUGACGGUGAUCGACUCCGGCGGCUUAAACACCAGCGCCUACCUCAACAUCACCAUCAUGGACAUGAACGACAACCCGCCUGUCUUCUCCUCAUCUGUGUACUACGCGAGCGUUUCUGAGAACUCGGGACCAGCAUCGAUACAGGCUCGAACUCGACGUCGGGCAGAUGACGUCAGACGUCUGAUCACCGGACGUUGGAUCCUGUUCCACUCGUCUUGCAGUGCUCUGGCAAGAGCUCUCCUGUUGGCAGGCGGAUGUGGUCUGGCGCGAAUUUGCCUCCCAAGAUGGUCCCAAAGGUGCUCAAUGGGGGAGAGGUCAGGGGAACGUGCUGGCCAUGAUACUCCUGUCGUUACUAUAACGUGUACAGACGAUGACUCUGGAUCCAAUGGCGACGUGAACAUCACCAUACAGUCAGGCGACGACGUCAACGACCCGGUGUUCAGCCUGAAGAAUGGGACGCUCCAACUCCUGGCUAACGGGUCUAAAAUCGACUAUGAGAGCCUCACAGACAGAAACUACACCUAUGUUCUGACGGUUAUGGCGGAGGACAAGCCCACGGCAGAUAUACCCAACACGGCCUACACAGUUGUCAUUGUCACGGUACAAGCUCUGAACGAACACGCCCCAGUCUGGGAAGAUGCCCUUGACCCUAUCCAGGUCACAGUUCAGGAGGACCUGCAACCCGGAAGUUCAAUCAUCCAGCUCAACGCCACCGAUGCAGAUGCGUUACAGGAUGGAGUAGUCAAGUUCAAGGUUAUGGAGGUCAAGGAUGACUCCGGAACCUCGUUAACCGACGUUUUCGCAGUCCACCCGGACAAUGGUCUUGUGACCAUCGUUAAGGCUCCGGACAGGGAUACCGCAACUGGAGGCGUCGCCUACUACAAUGUUUCCAUCGCAGCGUACGAUCAAGGCAUACCAUCGAAAGAAACAACCAAGAACCUCAGUAUAGAAAUCCUCAACGUCAACGACAACCCACCUACCUUUGUCAAUUUUCAGGGUCAAGUAACCGUAGCAGAAAACAAUGCCAAUAAGGAUGAUCCCAUUGUCAACGUCACCGGAAAUGACGUGGACGGCGACACAUUGACACUGUCCAUUGUUGGAGGGAACACUAAUUACUUUUAUGAUAACGAGACGGCCAUCAUGGCUCUUCAAAAACUGGAUUUUGAGAGUCAGAGUUGUUUCACACUCAUCAUACAACUUAGCGAUGGAACAUUUGACGUUAAUAAGACAUUGGCAAUAACAAUAACUGACGUGAUAGACGAGCCUCCCAAGUUGACAACCUUGUCCCCUGUAAAUGUCCUUGAAGACCUCCCUCCAGGGACCGUCAUCGGGGGCGUGUUUCUGAGCUAUGAAAAUGUUGUCACUCGUCACAACAUUACAACUGCAUCAGUGCAGAUCUACGUAACACGAUUCACAGCAGCAUAUUUCUCUCUUCACCAAGGAGCCGAUGCCAAGUACUUCAACAUGGACAACACAACGGGAACUCUGACGAUGUUGAGUCGCCUGGACGUAGACUCGGUGCCCGUGUCCUACCUGGACAAUCUGACCAUAGAGGUACAGGACAUGGCGGGGCUGAAGGAUGUGCAGGCACUGAAUCUCACCAUCGUGGAUGUAGACGACAACAGUCCAACGUUUUCUGAAAAUUCCUACAAAGUCACCGUCACGGAAAAUUCAACCACGGGGACAAUACUACUUCUGAACUGCACGGAUCCAGACAGGGGGCUCUAUGGUCAGUUCAAUAUCUCGAUCGUGUCCGGAGACGCUGGCAACGUGUUCAGUGUCCUCGGGCUGGAGCUGGCGGUGUCGGGCACCGUGGACUACGAGAGUCUCCAGGACCAGGACUACAAGUACAUCCUCACCCUGAAGGCUACAGCAGCUUCUGGUGGUGCCAACCCCAAGACUGCAGCCACGGUGGUCAUCGUAGAGGUACUUCCUGCUAACGAGUUUUCGCCCGAAUGGAAUCAGUCGACAGGAAUUGUGGGAGAUCGUUUCCCCGACAUACCUGUGUACGAGAACGCCACGAGGGGUACUUUGGUCGGAACGUUUCCUGCCAAUGAUGCCGAUGUAGGGAACGAUGGCAUGCUUGAAUAUACGAUUCUCACAUUGACGUCUAGUUCGGGCAAGGUUUCGAGGAGCCUCUUUCAGAUAGAUGCCGCUAACGGCGAACUGCGCACAUCCGGUGACCUUGACCGAGACGCAGGAACUGGAGGUGUGGAGUUCUACAACAUCACAAUCCAAGUGUCCGAUAGUGGAAAUCCACCGAAUUCAAUCCAAGCUAACUUCAGCGUAUUGCUGUUGAAUGUCAAUGACAACGCCCCGACGUUAGACGUGACUGCAUCUGACGUCGUUGUUCGCGAGGAUGUGAAUAUUGGCGACGUCAUCUACAGCUUUGCCGGUGUGUCCGACAAGGAUGGAGACACCGUCAUCAUCAUGGUGAAUGGAAAUGCCUCCGAUACGUUCGAGGUCCAGACAGGCAAUCUGAGAUUACGGAAUAGUCUUGACUAUGAAGGGGAAACAUGCUUUACCAUAUCACUUACUGCCACGGAUGGUCAGUUUGAGACACAGAUGUCCCUGACUGUAAAGAUCUUGGACGUCGUUGACGAGACUCCCAUUAUAACGGUCCUGAACCCUCUGUCCGUCCCAGAAGGGCUGCCCGAGGGUGUCAGGUUAGGGAAGUUGUUCGACGUGGUGGACAAAGAUGCCAAUGACAAUCUAACGUACAGUCUACAAGGUAAUGGCAGCAUGGACUACUUCACCAUCGACCCCAUCCUCGGGGUCCUGACUCUCCGCAAGCCCAUAGACCGUGAUGGCGCGAAUGGGGUGUUGUCAGUUACAAUGAACAUCACCGUCACCGACUCCGCCAACAACACCGACACCAAGCCCCUCGUCAUCGAUAUUACAGACAUCAACGACAAUGUCCCCGAUUGCUCAAUGGAUGUACAAGUAAUAACGCUCAUGGAGAAUGUUCCAGAAAAUGUCACCCUCGCCCGGUUCACGUGUACCGACAAAGAUAACGAUGGAAACGACACAGUGACACUUGUGCUGACGAAUGAGGAGGUGCUUCCCUUCAAAGUAGACGGGAUGUCGUUGAUAACCACCAGCAUGUCUGUGGACCUUGAGAGUCUCGGCAGUAGUAACUUCGAUGUACAACUCACCUUCACAGAUACACUUAAUGGAGGACGUUCCAACGCUUUUACAUUCAACGUGGGAGUAAAUAUUGUUGGCAUCAACGAGUUCGCUCCUGGGUGGAACAUCUCAUCUCCAUCGCUUACCGUCAGCGAGGAUGAGGAGGUUGGAACUAUCUUGGCCUACUUGACAGCCACCGACAUGGACGCGGGACCUGAUGGCGACCUCAUCUACAACAUCACCAACAUAACAGACGACACGGGGAUGCCUGCUGAAGAUGCUUUCACUAUUCAUCCAAUAACCGGAGCAAUACAGACCGCCAAGCCUCUCGAUGGGGAUGCUGCAACAGGAGGUUCGCGGUUUUACUAUCUGGAGCUUAUGGCCACUGACCAGGGACAGGAGGCAAUGAAUGAUACCACUAACUUCACAAUAUUUAUCACAAAUAUAAACGACAACCCCCCGACGUUUGUUGAUUUCGCACGACGGAUAACUGUCCCCGAGAACGCAGGAAUUGAUGACGUCAUCACAAAUAUCACCGGAUAUGACGCAGAUAUGGAUAACGUCACUAUUACAUUGAUCGAAGGGGACGUUGACUAUUUCUACGUUAAUGAAAGUGCGCUGAGACUGAAGCAGGCUGUGGACCACGAAAGACAGGAGUGUUACAUGCUUUCUAUAAGCAUGCGUGAUGGCGUUUACAGCGUCAAUGAGACACUCGUCCUUAACGUGACAGACGUCAUAGAUGAACCGCCCAAUAUAGAGACACUGGCUCCUGUACUUGUCGUUGAAGAACUUCCGGUUGGCACAGUAAUCGGCGGGGUAGUCCGAGUCACCGAUCAGGACAAAGGAGAUGCGCUGAAGUAUUCGUUGUCAGGUAACCACAGUUCCUACCUGAGUGUGGACAACACCACAGGGGAGUUCCAGGUGCGUGGCCGACUUGACCUCGAGUCCUUGACCUACCCCUACCUUGACCAGCUGACCCUUACCGUCGUGGACCAAUCCGGACUCAACGCGUCACAGCAACUCAACUUGACCAUCAUGGACGUGGACGACAACUUCCCCACAUUUUCCUCCACGUUGUAUAAGACCAUCGUCACAGAGAACACGUCUAAUGUAACACUGCUACAACUGAACUGCUCCGACUCGGACCCCGGGGUGAACGGUCAGUUCAAUAUCUCGAUCGUGUCCGGAGACGCUGGCAACGUGUUCAGUGUCCUCGGGCUGGAGCUGGCGGUGUCGGGCACCGUGGACUACGAGAGUCUCCAGGACCAGGACUACAAGUACAUCCUCACCCUGAAGGCUACAGCUGCUUCUGGUGGUGCCAACCCCAAGACUGCAGCCACGGUGGUCAUCGUAGAGGCUCCACCCUACAUUGCAGAUCUGAUCAACCCCUACAGUCCAUCGCGCGAAUUUCGCUCACAGCAGCAAAACCUUCUGACAGUGCCGAACUACAAACUUAAAACCUUUGGAUACAGAACUUUCUCCUACACUUCCCGUCUUGUGGAACUCUAUCCCCUUUGA